GUUCAUUUAAUACACGUUAUUAAUAACACAUUGAAAAUGGAAAAUACUACAAAUACAACUGUUGAAGGCUGUGAUGUCGAUAAGUUCAUAGAUGUGGUUGAAAGUAAACAAAAGUUGUUCAAUAAACAAAACGAAGAGUUCCUUGACGCAUACGAUGAUGUGCUGUAUGAUAUAUGUGAAUCGGUCGAGAGAAAUAUCGGAUUGAUCGACUUGGAACAUCCCCAGCAACCAGAGAGGCCACAAAAAAGACACAUUGAACUUGAAAGUAAUAAUAAUACGAAAAAGGUGAAAUGUGAAGAAAACUGUGAUUUAGAAACUUGUAUCAGCGAUGAAAUGGUCAAGUGCAAAUCCUGUCAAAUACAAGUUCGUAAAAAGUACUUCGCAACCCACUCAAGAAGCAAGCUUCAUAAAAACAACAUAUCUAAAUUACAUAAUACACUGAAAGUAUCUGUAGAGUCGGCUUUUGGCAAACGAGUCAUUUCAUACAAAAUGAACGAUAAAGUUAUUGACCAGUCGGAAACACCGGAAGUAUUUUUGAAUUCUAUCAAGAAUGAAAUAAUGGUUUUGAUACAGAAAUGUAUUGAAACCCACAAUAUUACUAAACCUUAA